AUGGUGCCCAACAUGUUCAAAAGUGGGGAGCUGCUGAUCAAUAUAAGUUUUCUUUACCAGGCCGAUGAUAACUUCUGGAAGGUCAAAUAUAACCAUGAAGCGGCCAAACAAGCUAGAGUGGCCAAAAGAACUGAAAGGAAAGCCGCCAAAGUAGGAACUUCAAGAAAGAAGAAACCAAGCGCUUCAGAUUUACUCAAAUUGGAUGACACUUCUGAUGAUGAAGAAGAGGAGGAUACGGGGAACAGCCAAGCAGUGGAUGAAGAGCAACAACAGUUUGAAAGCUGGAGGCAUACCCAGAACAGCAACGAUGUAGAGCUUUCCUCCGGUUUACCUGACGUAACCAGGAAGUGUCGGACUGAGGUUAUCUCCGAUUUACGUUGUCAUUUUCCUUUGGCGGGUUUAUUUCACCAACCUCUCAAUUCAUCUGACUCCAAUUAUCAAGAUACCUCUCCUUCCUCCGGCGAGUCUAUGCAAUCUAACAUGCCGGCUUUCAAAACUGCCCCCGGCAUGCAAGUGAAACCCAGUAAGAAGGCAAAAAAGAGUAAGUCGUCCCAGGACCCGGUCGUGACUGAACCGGAGCUUGGUGCGACUGCUCCUGAUAGUUCUACCCAUCAGCCGCCGCCUGAACCGACCCAUGACAUUCCAGCACCAACCUAUGAUCCACCCACCGAAGACACUCUCAAUAAUUCUGAUAACCCGAAAGCUCCUAGCCCGGUCAAGACAACUGACCCGGACGUUGAGAUUCUGAAGACUCACUUUGUUGAGCCGGGGCGACCCACUGUCCUUGCCAAGUGCUCUGCUAAGGAGGAACUUCUGGAACGCCAAAAGGCCAAGCUAGAUAUUGCUGAUUAUACCCAUUUAAGUAUUGGAGAUAUAGUCUCUGGCUAUCUCAACCAAGUACAUAGCAGUCGUGACCUGGAAAUUGGCAUGGUAAGCAAAUACAGCAAAAAUCUGAGGUAUGACUUAUGCUUAUGAAUCAUACUUACUAUAUCAGCCCCCAAGUCUAUUGCUUAUGAAUAAAUAUGUUGUAGAGUUGAGAAAAUUGCUUAACACUGAUUUAUCCGGCUUUUGAAAAAUUCUAACCCGGUUAUUACAUGAUACUUUAAACUUGCAAUACACAUUAGCCCCCAAGUGUCAAGUAUCUUUGCCUGCAAAGUGCUUGAGACUUAAUUUCCAUGAGCCGGUAUUGAAAAUGAAAAAAUUCUUCAGCACACAUUAGCCCCCAAGUGUCAAGUAUCUUUGCUUUGCAAAGUUCUUGGGACUUAAUGUUAUAUACCAUGAUUCUAAUCAUAACUCGGUCUUAAUGUAGGCCAGCAUAAGUCAAUUUGAGUCGGAGAUGGCUGACCUGAAGAGCCGCCUGGCCGCUCAAGAACUUGAAAUGCAAAAGGCCAACUCUAAAUUUGAGUUUAGUAUCUCUGAACAAGAGAAGCUGAAAUAGAAUUUUGAGUCAGAGAAGAAAAUUUGGGCUGAUGAAAAGGCUUCACUGGUAACCCGGGCUGAGACAACAGAGGCAUUACUUGCAGAAGCAACGUCGGAGCUGUCUGGCUUAAAACACCAGAUAUCUC